AAAUCGCCCCACCAGUCAGUGGCUUAUAACGUGCAAGUGAGCUUUUACUCCCUUACUUUCGGUGUGUUUCCUUCUCCGCGUGCGCAAUGUAUUCAUGAAGAAACCGUAAAGUGUUAAAUGUUUGAAAUCCAAAACCGCCGAAUUUCACAUGCUGAAAAAGGACUCCGCUACUCGUACGCGCGGCACUGGUGUGUCAGUGCAAUAGACUCUGCAAAGAAACUCUACUCUCACACGCCUGCAAGUCCGCGGCUGCAAAAAGGACGCUGAAAACCUAAUUUUUCAGUUUCAAGACAAACGCGUAAAAAUCAAACUGGCUCACGUUCUUCCCAACCAACCCAGUUUGACAGCUGCUCUUCACCCCAUUUGGAGGACUGUCAGCAGCAAGAGGAUGGCAUCAGAGCUGGCAAUGAGCAACUCCGACCUGCCCACCAGUCCCCUGGCCAUGGAAUAUGUUAAUGACUUCGAUCUGAUGAAGUUUGAAGUGAAAAAGGAGCCGGUGGAGCCCGAUCGCAACAUCAACCAGUGCAGUCGCCUUAUCGCCGGGGGAUCCUUGUCUUCCACCCCGAUGAGCACGCCUUGCAGCUCGGUGCCCCCUUCCCCAAGCUUCUCGGCGCCCAGUCCGGGCUCGGGGAGCGAGCAGAAGACACACAUUGAGGAUUUCUACUGGAUGUCCGGUUAUCAACAGCAGCUGAAUCCAGAGGCGCUGGGCUUCAGCCCCGAAGACGCAGUCGAGGCGCUGAUCAACAGCAGUCACCAGCUCCAGUCUUUCGAUGGCUAUGCCAGGGGCCAGCAGUUUGCUGGCGCAGCCGGAGCAGGAAGCACUAUGGCCGGGGAAGAGAUGGGGUCCGCCGCGGCGGUGGUGUCGGCAGUAAUUGCUGCGGCAGCUGCUCAGAACGGAGCGCAACACCACCACCACCAUCAUCACCACCACAGCAGCAGCCACCACCAGGCACCAGGCGUCCAGUCCAACGGCUCUUCUGGGACAAAUCACCCACACAUGCGCUUGGAUGAGCGGUUCACAGAUGAGCAGCUGGUGACCAUGUCAGUGCGGGAGCUCAACCGGCAGCUACGGGGGGUCAGCAAAGAAGAAGUGAUCAGAUUGAAACAGAAGAGGAGGACCCUAAAGAACAGAGGCUACGCGCAGUCCUGCCGGUUCAAGCGGGUUCAGCAGCGGCACGUCCUGGAGGGAGAGAAGACGCAACUCCUGCAGCAGGUCGAGCACCUAAAGCAGGAGAUCUCCAGGCUGGUCCGGGAGAGGGACGCGUACAAAGAAAAGUAUGAGAAGCUCAUCAGCAACGGCUUCAGAGAAAAUGGAUCCAGCAGUGACAACAACCCUUCAUCUCCGGAGUUUUUCAUGUCAUCAAGAAAAUUUCUCCAUCUGUGAUUUCAAGCACCAUCCCUCCGUGCCCGAGGAUUCUUGAGAUAACCUAACGACUGAGCAGUGAUGACAUCAGAGCAGCUGACCAAUCGCACCGAGACACCUACAAAGCACAACAUUCAAGAUUACUUCCCGAUAAACAACAGACAAGACCUACCGGAAUUCCUCAAAAACCCUACAGUGAAAUUCUUGAAAAGCCUCUUACUACUCCUAAUUCCUUUCCCAGUAUUUUA